AUGGACACUUCCAGCACUGUCUACGUAGGUACUCAUUAUGAGUAUACCGUCCAAAGUGCCCUGGAACGCCUGGGCAUGUCUCUCAAGAGCAUAGGCGGCAGAUCUGACUAUGGCAUCGACCUACUCGGAACAUGGGCUCUCCCUCCAUUAUCUCAACCACUGAAAGUCCUUAUCCAGUGUAAAGCACUAGCUGGGAAGCUCCUGCCCUCGCACGCGCGAGAACUGGAAGGAGCUUUUGUUGGCGCGCCAGCAGGCUGGAGAGGGUCUGGAGUCUUGGGAUUUGUCGUCUCGCAGAAUCCCGCUACUAAAGGGGUCCGCGAAGCUCUUGGGAGGAGUCGGUGGCCAAUGGGAUUUGUGCUUUGUAGACCUGAUGGGAGGAUAUUACAGAUGCUUUGGAACCGGAGGGCCGAGCAGGAGGGCUUGGAGGGGGUUGGCGUAGGGUUGAAGUAUGCCGGUGGUGAUCGCAGUCAACGGGAGGUAAUUCUCACAUGGAAAGAUCAGACUAUCCGGGAAUGA